AUGCCAAUGGGACCACCCCCUCCUGAAAAGCAAAAGUUGCGGGUCUCAGAUCUCCUCCUUCAUGACAAGUCAGGAUGGGAUACUCUACUCAUACGAGAGAACAUUCCUGCACAUGAGAGUGAGAUUCUUAAACUACAACCCAGCACUUUGGGAGCGCAUGAUUGCUAUAUUUGGCUACCUACAGAGAAAGGGAUGUAUAAUGUGUUGAAGUUCCACUCUUCCCUUGGAUAUACUGGUCUAUCUGGAGCUCCCGAAACCAAAGAAUUUUCAACAACAGGAUCAUCUCUGCAGAAGAGACGUUAUCAAAAGCGAUGA